GUACAAAUAAAAUAGGUUAUUAAACAAGGUCGUUUACUUACAGUGAGCUAAACAUGUUAUUCAUCCUUAUUUUAAAUAGCAAUGUCUGGUUUUAUUUAUUAGAAGUUUUUAUAUUACAAGACACGAUAAUUAUUUCCCAUAAUUGCGUAUGAUCAAUGAAACUUCACUGUGUAAAUAUAGCCUAAAUGUUUUGUGGGCAACCUUCUAAUAUCCACAUGAAGAAUUCCUUUACAUUUCUCUUUUAUUAUUCAAUGUUAGCUACUUAAAAUGUGAACCUAUUGUCGGUUCGAAGAAUGUUGAUUAUUGUGUGUUCAGUAUGCAGUAUAUUUAUGUCUAUUACUGCUACGAUGUUGUGCCUUUGUUGGAGGAAAAAAACAGAGAAAAAUGACUUGUUGGGGCUUGAUGGCUUGGUCACUCAAAUGAAUCCCGAUGAGAAUGUAAAUCACUUGCCUGCUACUGUUUCUAAUGUUGUUCCCGACGAUAGCGCGAAUGCCAUCUUUGAUGUUAUUGACGCCAAAAGGUCUGUAACGUUAAAUAACAGUAGGAGAAGCUUACCUGAUAUUCCUUUGGAUGGCUUACAAAGUGUUAGUACGACAGUGAAUUAUGAACGUAAUGGAGAUAAUUCCUCAGAUCUUUAUGCUACUGUUGAACCGUACAACACAGCCAAACGACACACGCUUCCUAAUGGUAUAGAUUCUCGUCCUAGUAUCUCACAGCAUAGUUCCAUAAGCCAAGCAGAUGAUUCGUUAUCUCCAUAUGCACGUGUAAAGGAUCAUCCAUACGCAAAGUUAAAGACGGAACAUCCUUAUGCUCACGUGCAACCAAGUAAUAGUAAAUCUCAAGAAGAGUGUGGGUUUCAAACCAACGACAGUCCUUCUACAGCUCGAGGUGAAAGACUAUCAACAUCACAGUCCCUGGUUGAACCUGUUGCAUCAAGAUCACCAAGAACUUCCGAGUCGAUUGGAAUAGACAUACCUGCAGCCUCAGCUGUUGCUGGUGGUAUUGCGGCGAGUCAGGAAUUGCCAUACAUGACUCCUCCAAUUGUUCAACAGAAUUUUAGUGGCGAUUCGCAGGAUUCGUCUAAGGGCUAUACCAGUAUUAGUGUUCGGGAACCGCUAGCAAACAUUAGGGCGCAAACCCAAGGACUGGAUAAAGUGCAACGAGACCUUGACCCCCAUUAUUCUACUGUAUCAGAUGAUUCUGAUGAUGUAUAUACAACGAUUCAAGACCCAAAUAAUGUAAUUUAUACAAGUGAAAGUGAAACAUAUGCUCAAAUACAGCCACCUUCAUUGCUUGCUCCUGUAGAUGGAAACGCAAACGCGACGGAUUCAUCUCAACGAGAAGUAGAAGUGAAUGAUCAGUUUGAUGGUGUACUCCGCCCAGUCCACAUGGAGAGUAGGAAAAAUGGCAUAAACACUCAUUCACGACAAGCGUCAUCGUCAAGUUCAAUAACUAAUGUGGGAUCACCAAAACCAGAAAAAAGGCAGGCUAAUUCUCCACUUCCACCCCCUCCCUCCAGUUCGAGUAACUCCGAUGUCGGUAGUGAAAAUUUGGCACUACUCAAAACCUUGGAUGACAUGUACGCUAAGGUGCACAAAGGUAAAAAACGAACCGAUGAAGAAUCUAAUCAGAAAGAUGUAGAAUGUAAAGAAACAGAAAACGUUGCGCCAGGUAAACAAACUGACAGUGACGUUGAUUUGUAUUCUGACCAUAACUAUGAAACGCUUCGUAAAACGAGUAACCCUAAGUAUGAAAAGUUAAAACCUAAGGAUGGUGAGGCCAAAUGUGACUUAGGUUAUGAUGUCAUUAAUGCACACGAAAGUGUUUUAAACUCGGAUCCUGGUUAUGAAGCAGUUAAGCACGGCAGUGAGGCGUCAUCAGAAGAGGACCCCAACUAUGAGGAAUUAAGACACAGAACUUCCAGUUUUGCAGACAGUGCAGGCUAUAGUACAAUUGGGAAUAAGUCCGGCAGUAAUCCUGAUGGAUAUUCUGUUAUUCACAAGAAUUCUGAGGAUGCCAACUUCAAACAGUUAAGUGUCUACGAUAGUGAUCUAAGUGACCUCAAUACAGACGAACCAAACUAUGAGAGCAUGCCAAAUGAAACUUUACCUAAUCACAACUACACAUUACUGAACAUGGAGGAUACAGAAUCUGACCCAAACUAUGAAAGCGUCAGUUCUAAUGAUCCAAAUUACGAAAGUGUAAAAUUUUUUGACGAAUCUACGCAAGAUGAGCCACCUUAUGAACGGUUACAUGAUGAAGACUCCAGCAAAACAGAUUCACAGCGAUCUAGUUGUGACAGGCUUCAAAGUACUCAGUGCGUUUGCGAGAAAGAUCUGCAGCAGUGUACGAACGCACAGUGCCUAAAUAACGGUUAUAAAAGAACAGUAAAGCAAAACCCUGAUACGAACUCCAAUGUUAACGUACAAAACGAAAAUGAUUUUGACGGUAUUGUACAAGUGUAGUUGUUUAUUAAGAAAGUUCUGUGAUGAGGUGCUAUCUCUUGAUAUUUUUAUUAGUAGAAGUUAAAAUUGUCAAAAAUACGUAUUAACAAUAAUAUUCGUUUAUUUUUAUAUGAAAUGUGAAUUAAUAUAUUUGAAAAAUGUAUAAAAUUGACGUUAGUAAGUGAAAUAAUAAAUUAUUUUAUAUGUUCUUUAAUCAUAUUGUAAAUGAUUAAAUGUUGACAUUGUAUAAACCACACUUACACAUUGUAUCUUAUAGCGAAACGUUAUUUUAAGUUUAUCCUUAUAUGUUAGGAGUUUGUUAGUAUGUUUAAAUAGUUAUUUUAAAGACCCAAGUAUUAAUUUUGUUGUAUUAUCUACUUUGUAAAUCUGUAAAGUUACGUUGUACAAAAUGUAAUUUAUUUAUUACCUACUCAUUUUCUAUAUUUUGUUAUUUUAAUAUAUUCUUUAUUAGA